AGCCCGGGGGGGGGUGGUCAGGGGGCUGUUUUUAGGGCUGUGGGGGUUGUUCUGGCCCUUGGGGACAGGCAGGGCAGGGGUCAUCAGACGGGAAUUUGGGGAGCAGGAUGGAGGGGUACUGCAGUGUCAGCAUCAACAGGAAGCAGAGUUGCUUGUUCCCCACACUCUUGCAGCUCUCCACUGAGGAGGUGGUGGCCAUCUGGGAUGUUGUGUCUGUGUACAUCCUGGGGCAGAUGAAGCAGGACAAGGGUGUCCUGGUCCCAGGACUAGGGACCUUUGCUGUGGUCCCUGAGCAAGUUGAUGGUGCAGAAGAGGUAUAUGUAGUGCGAAGACCUGUGUUCCAGUUGGACAUGGAUGUGUCCUGUCUGCAGGAGUUGAUGUUCCCCACAGUGAUGAUCCCUGGUGACAUUGAGAUCGCACCACUAGACUACUGGUGGCUGUCACAGACCACGUCCCUCCCGCCAGACAUAUUGAGGGACUGUGUGGAGGAGACCGUCCUCCUAUACUCCUUUCAGCUGAGGGACAGGCAGCACCUUGCCUUUGCCUUUGGGGACACUGGCGUCCUGUCAUGCCAGGACAAUGUCCUGUGCAUGCAGUUCCACCGCAGCUGCGUCAAGAAGCUGGAGAACUGGGACACCUGGGUGGCUCUACUGCUCACUAGGCUGUGUGUGCUGGAUGCUGGUCUCAAUGAUGGAGUUGGGGGGAUGCAGGCUGCAUGGGCUCACUCGUUCCCCAGGUUUCAGCUUGCUGUGUCUGAGGCUUUCUCCACCUGGCACAUGAAGGUUGCAGAGAAGCACAGGGUCAGAACAGGGGCACAGGAACAUCCUGACAAGUUUUCCCUCCCCAUGCUACCAAAGCUGAGGCCAGGCAUGAGGCAGCAAGAGCCAGGGAUGAAGCCACCUGCCAGUGUGCUGCCCCUGUCCCCAGGCAUCUUUCCUGGGAUGGGGGAGACAGAUGGGCAGGAGUCAGCUCCUUCAGCUAGGCUUGACACCACACUCCUGGCCUCUGAGAACUGCCAGAGAGCGCUGCAGGAGGUCUGUCAGCUGUCUGCAGAGUGGGAGCACGGGAAUUCCUGCUGGAGAGAGCAGAAGGUGGAAUGGGUGGCAUGGGAAGCCUGGGCUGCCAGGGAGGAUCAGCAGGUGCCCCAGGUAUCUGGCCCUGGAGGUCCUUGGGCUCCCCAUCCUUCACUCCAGCCCCAGAGAAAGGGGGUCACUGUGACAUGGGGGAGGGCUGGAACCCCCCUCCCUGUGGACGAGAUGGUGGAGAGAUUCCAACCUGGGACCAGGCACCUUUCCCCACGAGCCAUCCAGGUGCUCCAUGCGCUGGAGCCACAUCAGACACGGAGGAACAUCUUCACGUUUUUGGCUGAGAACAAGCGGCGGCGGCAGGAGCAACAGAAGCAGCUCUGCAGCUCCAGGUACUCGUCCAGCGGCCAAGGAGCAAGGGCUGGAGUGGUGGCUGCAGCCAUGGCUGGUAGUGACAGGUCUGGAAGGCUGCUCACCUGCUGAGGUCCACCCAUGGAUACAAAAUAAAUACUGCCAGGGAUGUUCCCACCUGGAC